AUGAUCUUAAUAAGCAAGGUGACUUCACACUGCUUCUUGCCUCCGCGAGACUCUCGUAUUGUCCAGAUCGUUACCCUGGUGCUGCCAGGCGUCUCUCCCGUUGAUGGCCAGCUCAAAGCGACUGAUCAAGCCUCCAAGGUCACGGUUUUUUGUGAUGGGGUUGAAAAUCUACGAAGGGGAUUCUCAUUGAAAAAGACCGCCCUCGCCCACGGCAGAGAAAUGGAUCCCUAUGGUCCAGCGUCUUCCGAGCCUCGUCAGGCCACCAAUUGGCCUCAAAAAGGUUUCGUCAUCAUUGGAAACCUCCAAGUAUGGGACAAGAGGAGCGAAGUGGAUGACGAAGGCGAGAAAUGCACGCUUCCUCGGAAAACUGCUAUUCGACGUUAUAACCAAGGGAAACGUGUUGACCUGGAUCACGCCACUACACCCACUCCCACCAUUGUCAGCACCACUGCUGCGGCCGGUCCAACCGGUGUCGCCCCUGCUGCCGCCGCCCCCGCCCCCACUACCGCCACUGCUGAUACUAUCGCUGCCGCUGUCACCGCCACUACUCCUGCUCUCACCACUGCUACCACGGCCAGCACCACUGCUGCGGCCGGCCCAACCGGUGUCGCCCCCACUGCAGCCGCAGCUGCCACUAAGGCUACUACGGGUCCUACUGCUAGCGCCGGCUAG